AGAACAAGAUGGCUGCAACUUACUUGAGCAGCGACCCUUCGUCGAAAGAUCGAUGGAUUGUAAUCUACCCAGCAUAUCUUAAUGCGCGACGAACAGUUGCACAAGGAAGACGUGUCCCUAAAUCGAAGAGUGUAGACAAUCCAACAGUGUAUGAAAUAAGAGAUGUUUGUCAGAGUCAAGGACUAGAAGUAGGAUUAGAGGAUAAAUUAUACCCAAAGGAUAGCUCUAAAGAUGCUCUAUGCAAAGGAAGAGUCAGAGUUCAGUUAAAGAAAUCUGAUGGAUCACCAUCCAAUGACAAGUUUAUCAAUAGAAAAUCUUUGAUGUUAUUUCUUGGAGAAAUGAUUCCAAAGCUCAAAUCAAGACAGACAAAGUCUGGACAGACAGACAGCAGUGCAAGCCAACAGUCUGCUGCUGCCAAGAAAAAGAAGGGGAAGAAAACCAAAGCAAAAUAAUUUAUAUCAAAGAUGUAUGUUGUACUAAAAUGAAAAAGACUUUUUUGCCUCUUAAUAUGAUGGCAGUACAGUGAACGCCACAUAAGCGUGAAACAAUUCUUAACUACGGUAAUUAGCGCCUGAUAAGAUUUAGUUACCAAUUACAAAUUCAGUGAGGUAUAAACAAAGACAAUUUCAAUUCUGGUAUUGUGUUCAAACCCUAGUGAAUUCUUAGUUAGUUGAUAACUAAAGCUUAUUAGUUGUUGAUUAUUUAACAAAUAAUUAAGGCUCAGCUGUGGUUUAUACUCUGAUAAACGCACGCUUGGAAUUUGAAACACAC